CAAGCUACCGGUGGCAAGCCAGCAGUACAUUCCUGAGAGUUUUUCAAGCUUAUGAUGUCCUAUAGAGGAGGGCGCAGAAAAUAUGCCCUUCCUCAAAAUGCAACUACCUAUCUGGAGUUCAUACUACGGGAAAAGUAGCGGUUUGCUUAUUGCAUUCUUCUGAAAAAACUCUGUAGCUCCUCCACAAUGCUAUAAAUGAGAGAGAAGAAAGGAAACAUAAAUCAAAGAUAUUUAAACGACCUGGAUACAGGCCUCACUGGAAGAAUCUAAAAUGCUUCUGUGGUCACAAGAACAAUUUUCACCCCAUGUUUUUGGACUGCAUAACACAUCAUCAAAAGCACUAGACAUCAGGAAAAAAACAGCAAUCUCCAAAGGGGUAGUUGGCUGGUGACCAGGUCUACAAAGGGGGAAAUAUUUUUACUACUCUAAGGAAGCUAGUACUUGUGAUUCAAGAAAAGGUGUUGAAAAAAACUCAGAUUUGGAAAGCUGAAUGGGAUAAACAUGAAGAGUUUGAAAGCAAAGUUCAGAAAGAGUGAUACCAACGAGUGGAAUAAGAACGAUGACCGGCUGCUGCAAGCUGUGGAGAAUGGAGAUCCAGAGAAAGUGGCUUCGCUUCUGGGCAAAAAGGGAGCCAAUGCCACCAAACAGGAUAGCGAGGGCAAAACUGCUUUUCACCUGGCUGCUGCUAAAGGACAUGCUGAGUGCCUCAGAAUUAUGACGACACAUGGUGUGGAUGUUACGGCACAGGAUGGUACAGGGCACACUGCUUUACAUCUUGCAGCAAAGAACAGCCACCUUGAUUGCAUCAAGAGGCUUCUCCAGUCUAAAUGCCCAGCAGACAGCACUGACAACUCUGGGAAAACAGCUUUACAUUAUGCGGCUUCAUGUGGUUGCCUUCAAGUAGUUCAACUUUUGUGUGAGCACAAAUGCCCAAUUAAUGUCAAAGAUUUGGAUGGGAACAUACCCCUGCUGCUCGCAGUACAAAAUGGCCAUGCUGAGAUAUGUAAACAUCUUCUGGAUCAUGGAGCGGACAUCAAUUCCAGGGACAAAAAUGGAAGAACUGCUUUGAUGCUGGCUUGUGAAGCUGGAGGCCUUAACAUUGUGGAAACCUUGAUUAGAAAGGGUGCUGACUUCAGCCUUGUAGAUGCCCUUGGACAUGAUGCCCUACAUUACUCAAAGCUCUCUGAGAACGCCGGGAUUCAGAGCCUCCUCCUGUCGAAGAUCUCUCCAGAUGCCGAUAUGAAGUCACCAACAAAGCCAAAGCAGCAUGACCAAGUCUCUAAAUUAAGUUCAGAAGGAAGUGGAACUCCAAAAAAACGCAAAGCCCCACCUCCUCCUAUCAGUCCUAUCCAGUUUAGUGAUUUGUCCUCUCCACGUUCAGCAACCUCAACUCCAAUUGCUGGAAAAGGACAGGCGUUCUUCACCGAACAAGUAUGCAAGGAAGAGAUCAGCUCCAUUCAGCGAGAUAACAAGGAUAGACUGAGUGAUAGCACUACAGGUGCUGAUAGCUUACUGGAUAUAAGUUCUGAAACUGACCAGCAAGAUCUGCUAGUAUUGUUGCAAGCAAAAAUUGCUUCUCUAACACUACACAAUAAGGAGUUACAAGACAAAUUACAGGAAAAAGCACCCAGAGAAACAGAAAUGGAUUCCACCCUAGAUUCCUAUCAUUCCACCCAAACAGAGUUUGAUCAGUCAGUGGACAAACAAAGUCAAACCUCAGCUCAGGAGCUAAAAUCAUCCUCAUUAAAUGCAACACAAACUCAAGAGAAAUCAACAAACAAUGAGGUAAAAAUUAAGCAUCUACAAGAAGAUUUAAAGGAUGUACAGAGGAAAUUAGAUAAUUCUGAAGCAAAAAGAAAGUACUUAGAGACCCAACUUCAGUCUAGAAUCCCAGAAACCAUUCAUUUAAACAGUGCAGAUAUUUCAGAAAACAGCUCUGAUCUUAGCCAGAAACUUAAAGAAACCCAAUGCCGGUAUGAAGAAGCUAUGAAAGAGGUCUUGAAUGUACAAAAGCAGAUGAAAUUGGGUCUUGUUGCUUCUGAAAACAAAGAUACUUAUGCGGAUGUCCAUGAACUGAGGGUUACAUGUGAGGAAAUUGAAGUGCUAAAGCAAGAACUCAAGAAAGCUUUAGAGGAAAGUGAAAGGCAUAAAGAGAAAGUGAGAGAGCUACAGGAAAAACUUGAAGAAAGAGAGCAGAAUGUUGCUAGCAGAAUGUCCGUGGAAGAAUGUGAGGAAAUGAAAAAUUCUUAUUGUUUAAUAAUUGAGAACAUUAACCAAGAGAAAGCUUUGUUGAUUGAGAGAUACAAAGAAGGGCAAGAAGAAAUCAAAAGACUACAAGACAAGUUAAAUCAGUUGCAGUUGGAAUCCAGUGAGGAACCUCGGGAGAUGAAAGAAGCAAGGAAUAGAAUGAUAGAUGACCUACACAGAGAAGUUAGUGAGCUGUCUCGGUUGUACAAAGAAGCACAAACAGAGCUUGAAGAUUACAGGAAGAGGAAAGCAUUAGAGGAUGUAGCUUUGGAAUACAUUCCUAGAGAUGAGCAUGAGAAACUGAUGCGGGUAACAAAUUCAUUGAAAGAUAAAGCUGAAGAUGCAUUAUCUGACAUGAAGUCCCAGUACACACAGGUAUUAAAUGAAGCAGCACAGCUCAAGCAACUGAUAGAUACUCAGAAACAAAACUCUGUACCAGUUGCUGAGCAUCUUGAGGUGGUAACUGCUCUGAGGUGUACGGCAAAGGAAAUGGAGGAAGAAAUAAAUGAACUUAGGGAAGAGCUUAUUAACAAGGAAACUGAGAUAAGAAGUCUGCAGAAGGAAUUGUUGGAGGAAAAAGCUGCAAUUAAUGAAGCAAUGGUGCCCAGAGCUUCAUAUGAAAAGCUCCAGUCAUCGUUAGAAGGCGAAGUUAAUAUUUUGUCAUCCAAACUAAAGGAUUUAAUGAAAGAGAAAGAGAAUGUGUCCUUACAUGCUGCACAAUUGAGAAAUGAAGUUUUGCAAUUAAAAGGGGAAAAAGAAGGUGCUCAAACUCUCCUUGAGGCCAAGGAGCAGGAAAUAAAUGGACUUUACCGUAAGUACCAUCAAGCUCAAGAAGAUCUUCUUGACAUGAAAAGAUGUGCAGAAAGCUCGUCAAAGCUGGAAGAAGAUAAAGAUAAAAAGAUCAAUGAGAUGUCCAAGGAGGUUAGCAAGUUAAAAGAAGCAUUGAACAGCCUUUCUCAGCUUUCCUACUCAACCAGUGCACCCAAAAGACAAAGCCAACAACUGGAGGCAUUACAGCAACAAGUGAAACAGUUACAAAAUCAGUUGGCUGAAACAAAGAAACAGCACCAGGAGAUUGUAUCAGUUUACAGGAUGCAUCUUCUCUAUGCUGUGCAGGGUCAAAUGGAUGAAGAUGUCCAGAAAGUGCUUAAACAGAUUUUAACAAUGUGCAAAAGCCAAUCACAGAAAAAGUGAAACAAACUGUUUGUACUGAAUCCUGUCGUGCUGCCAUGGUGUUUAGCUAGGCUCACCUUAACACAAGAUUUUAAAUUGCCUACCUGCUGCUUUUUUUAGUGAGCUGGAUUUGUCUCUGCCAACCUUCCUGUUCAAUCUAUGUACUAUGACCUAACGCAUCUGCACAUCUUCUCCCUUCCCACAAAGUUUUCAGAGUACUGUUUUCAUAUACAAAAUGUAAGUAUUUUUCAGAG